AUGCGGGUGAUAUUAACCUUUGGACGGAAGUAUCCUCUUUUUUUAGUUGCAUGUCGCAAUCCAGGCUUCCGUUAUUCCACAACCAACAAGGAUGCCCCGCUUGCAGGGAAAGCGCCAAUAGACGAAAACAACACACACACGAGCUACCGGCGUCGCUCCUCCGAUCCACAAACGCUUCGUGAGAGGGAGGAUUUCCGACGGGAUACUAAAUACGGCCGUUAUCGUCCACUUCCCGACGUCCCUUGGCUCGAGCUCAAACAAAAAACCUACUUGGACGAUGCUGAGCGGCUUUAUGGACGGAUCGAGGAGUGGCAUCACGUUGCCGAUGAUGCGCUACGAGAAAAGUUGGUCGCCAUUUUACAGGACUACCUCCGUGAUACCUGUGCCGCCACGAGACUUGAGGUGAAAGAUGCCAUGAAAUACCAGCGGCUGUGUGAGAUUUCCGCUCGUGAAUACCGCUCACAUGUCGUCUCUGGGGCUUUUCAUUCCGUCGGUCCGCUUCGGGAGUGGGUGGCCGCCGUGGUGGCACGACAACCCAUGGCUAACAAACGCAACGCAACCUCCAGUGUGGUGCGCGAUGGGCAGACGAAUUCGCCAGAGUUGAAACCUUCGUUAUCUUUUGGCCACUCCACAUCCACCGCCUUGACCUCCACCGCGGAUUUAAAAUCGAGCUCACCGCCGGAAUCGGGUCGUGGGAAGACGGAUUUCUACGCUCAGCAAGAGCAAGAGCUGCGCAGGCGUCGUGGAGAAGAGGCUAACCUUGAAAAUACCCCUGCCAUGUUGGAUCUUCCCGAGAGUGACCUGCGGAGACGCCCGGUCUCGGCGUUUCCGUUUCUGCGCCGGCGCGCAUUAGAAGAUGAGGAUUCGUUAGAUUCUUCUCUCGUGGAUUGGACAGCAAAGUACUUUCCCGAAGACAACAAACACACCUUUGAGCAACUUCCCAAGUUACGCCAGGACCUAUCACGCGCUACCGCUGAGGGUUCAGCGGAGCAGGCGUCUGAUGAUGGGGCGCCUGGCAGCACUCCAAAUGCUGCCAAAACAGCUGAGGGGGGGACCCUAAAAGCUGGCAAUGAGGAUACCCAUAACAUACCGCGGCACCAUGCUCGUCACCGUCUUCAACGACCUCUUCGAUCUCACGAGGAUCGCCAUCGUGCCACAUUCGAUGGGGAGGGCGUGUUUUAUCAUAUUCGUAAUCUUUCUGAAGAAGAUGAGCGUGCACCAAAAGCCAAACCAGUUCGGGGCUCUGAUUUCAUGGCCCGCCCUGGGGUAGCCUCAAAAGUGGUAAAGAUUCCUUGGAAUGUGGUGUCAACGGCGAAGCAACAAGGCUACAGCCACAAUAUUUUGAAAGCCAAGGAACGCCUUUCUCGUCUUUCUCGCGGUGAAAAUCCCGAAACGAUCCCAUGA